AUAUUUAUACAGAGGGGGAACGACAUCACUUAUCCACAACACAUCCAUUCACGUAAGGGAGAGCUACUUCCAGAGCUGAGUUAGAGUGAUCCACGCUGUUUGCCAGGAAACAUCACUUCUUUUUGCUGAUAUUUUGCAGAGAUAAACUUUCAGAAAAAAAGGUUUUGAACAAAGCAGAGUCACAAUGAUCUUUUUCAUUCCUGUUUUUGCUGUGCUUCUCACUUUUUAUCAGAUUGAGAGGAAUCCUGCCUUUGCUGGGAUGUGCUGGCUGCAGCAGGGUCAGGACCAAAGGUGCGACAUGGUGCUGAUGAGAGGCGUGACCAGAGAGGAGUGCUGUGCCGGGGGCCGCCUGGACACAGCCUGGUCCAACUCCAGCCUGCCCAUGAAUGAGGUCAGCCUGCUGGGCUUCCUAGGAAUCGUCUCCUGUAAACCAUGCAAAGAGACUUGCGAUGGAGUAAAUUGCAGUCCCGGGAAGGUUUGCAAAAUGAAGACGGGAAGGCCUCAGUGUGUGUGCGCACCAAACUGCUCUCAAAUUACCCAGAAGCACGCUGUGUGCGGCAGCGACGGGCGGUCAUAUAAGGAUGAGUGUACCAUGCUGAUGGCCCGCUGCAUGGGGCACCCCGACCUGGAGGUCAUGUACCAGGGAGAUUGCAAAAAGUCGUGCUCCAAUGUGGUGUGUCCCGGUACCCACACCUGUGUGACCGACCAGACCAACAGUGCUCACUGUGUCAUGUGCCGCACAACUCCUUGCCCAAUGCCCAUGUUAUCCGAGCAGCAAAUCUGUGGCAAUGACAACAUCACUUACCGCAGCGCCUGCCACCUCCGCCGCGCCACCUGCUUCCUCGGCCACUCCAUAGGAGUCCGCCACUACGGCCACUGCAACACUCCCCCUCGGAAACCUCAAGAUUUUGAAGGCAGUGAGGAGAACGCAGUCUAGAUGGACAACUCCUGACUCUGGUCGACAAACCUAUCAAAGUGUCACACCGCUAGCUUACCAUGAAGACCUCUUUUUUUGGCAAUCACUCCCUCAACCCUUUGUGCACCGAUGACCAUAUAUUUGGAUCUCUGUUUGAAGACAUACAAUAGUUUAAAAGAGCUACAAAAACCCUGUGAGAAAUUUGUGCUAAUCUUGUGUUAGUUUGGGAAAUAGAAGCAGAUGAACACGAGUUUUGAGAUACAACUAUCUCAGGCUCCUCGGGAGAUGUGUGCAUAUUGUAAAUAGAAUACCACUACUAUUUAUUGGAGAAGGUAUCAAACUCUAUUUAUAUUUUUAUUAGUUAGUUACAGUUCCAUAUAUCCUUGGUAAAGCUGGUGCAUAAAUCGUAUUUAUUGUGUUUGGUUUAUUGUGUAUGUACAAUUGUGGCCACUGGCAUUUUACAGCUUUUUUUUUUUUUACAGUUUUUAUGUUCUCCAUGCCCAUCAAACAAACUGAUUUCCCAACAGGCUGAUGGAAAGCAUCACUAAUAUCUUUGUAAGUUGUUACCACUUCCAAUGUGGUUUCAAUUCUAAAUAAGACAGCUACAGUUGUGCUGCGUGUACUUUUUGUACUUUUUGUCUGGAAGUGAGGAAGGGGCUCAGCCUAAACAAACCGGUAUCGUCUCUCUAGAUCCCUCCCACCACACAUGUUUACUCUGGAUCCUGAUCCAAACUCUUUGCCACCUGCAAAAAUUAACAGUUUGGUUUUGUUUGGAGUCUCAGAAGACUGCUGGGCUGUCCUCUACAAUACCUCCUCUAUUGACUGCUUAGCUUUGUUUUGUAAAUGCAUUUUUGAAGGUUGUGGUAGUUCAAUCUGUUGCUGUUUUGCUGAUUUAAUUUGAUUUAAAUAUUUCCAAAAAUGGCCAGACAAAUGUAAUCAGCUUCAUCUGAUUGAAAGCAAAAUUAAAUUUGUCUGGGAAUGGACUGCAGUCAUCGCCAACUGAACAAACGUGAUUAUUCUGCCAUUGGAGAGGACUCAAUCAGUUCAUCGUUGACACGGCUAGAUAUCCAUACAAAUCACCAAUAUCCAGUCCAAUUAGAUCUUUAAACUCAACACAGACUAAUGAAAUACUUUCAAUAAUGUGUAUUAUGGAACAUCUCAAUGGAUCAUAUGUAAAUAACAAAGGUGUGUGUACCUGCCUGUGUACCUACUGUGAAAUCUGAAUGACAAAUGCAUCAACAUAUUUUUGUAUUUUUGUACUGCCAUUUCAAAACAACAUAAAGUUUAAUAUUUGUCACAA